GAUUAAGUUUUCUCCACGAAAAUGAUCUCUCUUAACCCUUUAUGACCAAACCAAGACAAAACGCAUUCAUUCCUUCUCCCAUUCACCCCAAUUUACCACCCAUCUUCAAGAAGAAGACAAUAGAGAGUUGAACCCUAAACCUAACUUCAAUGGAGAAGAGAUUUCGGAAACACCCAGUAAUUUGUGAAGAUGGACAAAUCAGUUGUAUGAUUGGUUUGAUCAGUAUGCUUGAUUUCCGCCAACGUCGACUGAAUCAAGGGCUGAUUUCAAACGAGAAGCACGUGAAUCAAAACGAUAGUUUAAUGGUUACUCAGAAGAGAAGUGUGAAGGCACUUAUGGAAGAAGAGAUAUCUUCAGAGAAUGAAUCAUUUUCAAGAAGUAUUCGUUAUGGAGCUCAUGAUGAUUACCCUGUUUUUCAAUGUUCAGACAUGGAAAGAACUAGUCAUAAUUCUGAUCAGAAAUGUCUUAAACCAUUGGAUGUUCUGAAAAUGAACAAAGAAUUGUGUCUGAAAUUGAUACAAGAUGGAAACUCGCCUUCUUCGGUGAGAAAUACUAAGAAUUCGCAGGCGGAAACGGGAUGUGGGUUCGAUAGUAGUAAGAUUACUUACGACAGUCUCUUGAAAAAGAUUAAGAAUAAACACGGAGAUCGGUCAAGAACAAGAGAAUGCACUGUGGUGGUUCUGAAGCCUGAGUCUAGAAAAGUGCCUGUUUCAGAAGAUGUAUCCUGCAACUGCUCUAUCAACUCUUGUAAACCGGUUCCAAUUUCCUUGAAAAACGUCAAGAAGAAGAAGACUAAUCAGCCAUUGGAGCAAAUUCAUGUAGAGAAGAAGAAGACAGAAGAAGACUCCAGCCAAUUUGACAUAGUUUUGGAAGCCAAAAAGCAUAUGUCUAAGAGACUAAACAAUUUAGUUCAAGAUGGGGAUGUUUUUUCCAGCCAAGAACCGCCAAGAACGUUGGGAAGGAUACUAUCUUUGCCAAAACUCGCCCCUGAAAAUUCAAAGACACCUGCUGUUGCGUUGAAGAUGAAGAUGAAGCUUAAAGAUGAUCAAUCACAAUUGUUCCAAGAAACUCCUCGAAGAAAAUCAACAAAUGGAAUGGAGAAACCAGUAUCUGAAGAAUGGACGAGUCCAGUGUCUGUUCUCGAGCCAUUCUUCAUCGAUAAUCUCAGCAGCCCGUCUACUCCUGGAUCACAAUGGGGUAACUCUUCAAUGCAUCUACAGCCUCAUCGCCUUGACUUCGAAGAAUACUCCACAAUCCUUUCUUCUCCAGAUUUAGCUUGUUUGGAUGACUCCGACACGAUCUCCAACUACGUGAAAUCAGUGCUGCAAUCUCGACCCAUGAACUGGAAUGACAUCUUUUUGAAGUUUGAUCAAAAUUCAUUCGACGAACCCUUCUUCGAUGAAAUGGAACUAUGUAAGGUUGAUUCUUAUUGGCAACACAAGCUCCUUUUCGACUGCACGAACGAAGCAUUCUUGGACGUGUGUCGAUCCCAUUUAGGGUUCAGCUCAUCUAAUCUAGUAGUAUGGAACAAAUUAGAUUUGUUUAAUGAGAUAAACAAAAGAGUAAACAAACAGUUUGUUCCUCGGCCAAUGUCAAGAACUUUGCAAGAUAUUGUUGGGGAAGACUUGAUGGAUAAUACGUGGAAAUGGAUGGAUCUUCGAAUAGAAGUUGAGGAUAUCGCGAUUCAGGUGGUGGAAUUCAUUAUUGCUGUUGACUUGAUACCCGAUACAAUAACUGAGUUUUUUCAUUUGAAUUUUUAAACUUAUUUUUGGCUUGUAUUAUUGUUAAUUGAAGUAUUUAUUAUCUAAGACAUAUGUAUGUAUAGCAUACAGUUUCUUAAUUUUU